AUGGCUGCGGCUGCUUCGUCCCUUACAAUCGCGUCGUCUUUCUCCGAACCACGGACUCAGAUCCAUUCCUCGAAGCGCUCAAACUUCCCUCUUCAAUAUUCCAUCCCGUACAAGGCCGAUUCACGGAGCAGGAGUAAGAGACUGGGACUCGUCGUUAGUUCCGUUUCAGCGCCCAAAGUCGAGCUCCGUACUGGACCCGAUGAUCUCAUUUCCUCCCUCCUCUCUAAGGUUGCGAACAGCGAUGGAGGUGUGACACUGAGCCCGGAGGAACACAAGGAGGUGGCACAAGUAGCUGGAGAGCUUCAAAAGUAUUGUGUUAACGAGCCUGUGAAAUGCCCUCUCAUUUUCGGAGAUUGGGAUGUGGUGUACUGUUCUAGACCGACUUCUCCUGGUGGAGGCUACAGAAGCGUGAUAGGCCGCCUCUUCUUCAGAACCAAAGAGAUGAUCCAAGGCAUUGAUUCUCCUGAUAUCGUUAGGAACAGAGUUUCCUUCACUGCUUUGGGUUUUCUUGACGGAGAUGUCUCCUUGACAGGGAAGCUGAAAGUGUUGGACAGUGAGUGGGUUCAGGUGAUAUUCGACCCUCCGGAACUGAAGGUAGGAUCACUGGAGUUUAAAUACGGGUUCGAAAGCGAAGUGAAGCUUCGGAUCACAUACGUUGAUGAGAAACUUAGGUUGGGAUUAGGCUCUAGAGGAUCAUUGUUCGUCUUUAGAAGGCGUCAAUAA